UUGACAGACGAACGACACUGUCGUAAACAGUGGCUUGAGUAAUGUAAUCACUUUUUUGUGCACAAGUACAGUUUUUUUUUCACUUAAAGCAAAAGAAAGCGAAAAUACUCCGUGUUUUCUCCUUGUAUCGUGUACCUGCUCUUCGCUUUUAUCGUAGCAGUUUAAUCCACCCCAAGUUCGAAGAGUAGUUCCGUUAGUUUCUCGAUUUGUGCCACACUGUGUUGUGCGGGAUGGAAAGCGACAAGAUGGAAAUCUACGAAUCACUGAUCCGCUGGCUGGGAGUGCUUCAGCUGUCCGCUCCGCACGAAAACAUCCAACAGUUGAGUGAUGGCGUUGCCCUGGCCCAGGCCCUGAACCUAAUUGCCCCGGAAAUGUUCAGUGAGGGAUGGCUGGCCAAGAUAAAGGUCGACGUUGGGCACAAUUGGCGAUUGAAAGUGAGUAACUUGAAAAAGAUCAUCGAAGGUGUCUACGUGUACUAUCAGGACAUCUUGAGCCUGAAUCUUUCGGAGAAACUCCGACCGGAUGCUAUGAAGAUUGCAGAGAAGUGCGACGGAUAUGAGCUUGGGAGGCUUCUGCAGUUGAUUCUCGGAUGUGCGGUCAAUUGCUUGGAGAAACAGAAGUACAUCACGCAGAUUAUGGAACUGGAGGAAUCGCUUCAGAGGAACAUAAUGGCCGCAUUGCAGGAUAUCGAGUACGUAUGGCAGGGAGUGUCUCCUUCGCGUAACUCGAUCAACGCCACCAGCUUGGACGUAAAAACCUUACAGGAAGAUCGCGACAGUUUGGCCCAAAAAUGUCACGAGACGAACAAGAAGAUGCUAAUCUUAAUUGAGGAAAAAUCAGUUCUUCAACAAGAAAUCACCAAACUCCAGGCUCUUAUCGCACGGUACGAGAAUCCGAACUUGAUCGGAGACGAUGGAACAUCCCUGGGACCAGUUCAACUAGGGUCAACCAGGUACAACGACCUGCGGAAGGUGGUGGACAGUUUAAAGGAUGAACUGCUGCAGGCGGAAACGGCGCGCGAUGACCUGAAGAUGAAGUCCGCCAUGCAGGAGAAAGAGAUUGCCGAUCUGCAGGUCAAAAUUGACGAGCUGCACACUGCGACUGCGGAAAUCGCUCAGCUAAAAGAUGAGAUCGACAUCCUGAAGGAGGCCAACGACAAGCUGAAAAUGUGCGAAACCCAGCUGCUAACGUACAAGAAAAAGCUGGAAGACUACAAUGAUCUCAAGAAACAAAUCAAAAUGCUGGAAGAAUGCAGCGCCGAAUAUCUCAAGCAAAAUCUGCAACACGAAGAGGAAGCGAAAAAGUACUCCGGUCUCAAAGGCCAGGUGGAGCUGUACAAGAAGGAAAUUCAAGAUUUGCAUGCCAAACUGGACUCGGAAAUGAGUAAAACCGUGAAGACGGAAUUUGAGUACAAUCAGUUGCAAGCGAAGCUGUCGGCCGUGCAACGGGAAAAAGAAAAUCUCCUGAGCGAGCGGGAUGUGCUCAGGGAGACCUGCGACGAGCUGAAAUGCGGUCAAGCCGCCGAGGAUUCCGAAAGUGGCAACACGAUGUCCAAGGAGCUUCAUUCAAGCGACGUGCGAGACAGAAUCGAACGACUGGAAAGGGAGAAUAAGGUUUUGCGGGAAGGUCAAGGCGGUCAGACUGCGUUAUCGCAACUACUGGAUGAUGCAAACCAGCGAAACGAAAAGCUGCGCGAUCAGUUGAAGGCAGCAAAUCAGAGAGUGUUGCUGUUGAGCCAGCAUCACAACGAAGAUAUCAGCUCCAAGAGCGAUAUGGACAUUCAGCUGAAACAGGCCCUUGAACUGAACGAACAGCGGUCGUCCCAAAUCGAUGAAGCCCAAUCGCAGAUGACCCAGCUGCAUACGAAAAUUGCAAACCUGGAAGCUGCAUUGGCGGCAAAGGACCAAGAACUACUGGCGGCUGAUUCGCGGUACAAGAAGUGCGUGGAGAAGGCCAAAGAAGUAAUCAAAACGCUCGAUCCGCGCGCCAUCAAUGAAGCCCUUCUGCUGGAAAAGCCUUCGCAGGAUGGAGAGGCUUCUUCUUCUUCGGCCACCGGAAGCGGAGGCGAUGCUUCGACACUCACUUCAACUGGUUCGGGUCGCGUUCCGAUGGGCGUCCAAGAGGAGCAACUGAUUGCGACCGCUUUCUAUCGUUUGGGAAUGACCUGCCAGCGCGAGGCCGUCGACUCGCGGCUUGCGUUGCUCAGUGGACCCGGCCAGAGCUUCCUCUCCCGACAACGUCAACCAGCUCCGCGGAAACCGAUGAAUAUGCCGUUCGCCAAAAAGUAGUAAAUGAAGGUCAUCAGAACCGUGGCUCGUCGUAGAAAGGCAUUCACAGGUGGUGCCUUGCUGAAUCAUUCAGAACGAAGAUUUUUACCACACGACCUAGGAAUAGCACCUCUUACUAUUAACGUACUGUAGGAUAAUUUCGAUAUUAUGCAAACCCAUAUUUUAUUUAUGUAUUAUUUAUACACGCUGUCUAACUUACUUUGAACAUUGUGACCCUUUCCAAUAAAGUAUAUACAUAUUUUGAAGGAU